GGUCUAUUCCCAUUUAGUGUCCAGUCGGGUCACUUCACUCUCCUCUAUUAGUGCAGGGUUUCUACUUUGUUAAUUAUUAAGUCCAAACCUCAACAAGCAGCCUCUGGCAGUCAAUAUAGCCUGAAACGUGAACUCGUAUUGUCACAGUACUGCUUGGACCUUUUACGACGCCGUACAUCACGCCCGUCCGCAGCAGCGUGACUUUAAAGGGGAGGCGCAACUUCACAGCACUACAGCUUUUUAUAUGAAAUAUUGUAAUCUGAGGUGAAAGUGUUAAAAUGAGCUCCUCCGACAAGAAGAUCAUCACUAUAGUUGGCAGUGGCUUGAUAGGCCGCUCCUGGGCCAUGGUGUUUGCCAGUGGAGGCUACACAGUGAAGAUCUAUGACAACCAGCCAGGACAGGCUGCCAAGGCCAUCACAGAGAUCAGGAAGCAGCUGGGGGAGCUGGAGGAGGCCCACAUGCUGAGAGGAGAGCUGAACACCGCCCAGCAGCUGGCCCUGCUCAGCAGCCACGAGGACCUGGCUCAGGCUCUCGAGGGAGCUUUCUUUAUCCAGGAGUGUGUGUUUGAGGAGCUGGAGGCCAAGCGCAGUGUCUUCCAGUCCAUUGAGGGUCUUGUGGGAAAAGACGUCAUCCUGAGCAGCUCCACUUCCUGUCUGUUGCCUAGUAACGUCUUCUCCCGGGUCCAGAACCGGAGUCGCUGCAUCAUCUCCCAUCCUGUGAAUCCACCCUACUAUGUCAAACUGGUGGAACUGGUGCCCCACCCAGAGACAGAGGCGACCGUUAUGGACAUCACCUAUGCCCUGAUGACCCAGGUUGGCCAGGUGCCCGUCCGCCUAAAGAAAGAGAUCGAUGGCUUCGCCCUCAACAGAGUGCAGUAUGCCAUUAUCGCAGAGUCCUGGAGACUGGUCCAGGAUGGGGUCAUCUCGGUCAAGGACAUCGACCUGGUGAUGUCAGAGGGGCUGGGAAUGCGUUACGCCUUCAUAGGUCCCAUGGAAACAAUGCACCUCAAUGCACCUGAAGGUCUGGAGGACUAUCUAAAGCGAUACAGAGAAGGUAUGAAGAGGGUUCUAACCGGUUUCGGACCUGUUCCCGACUUCUCCGGUGAGGCAGCCAAGUCCAUCACUGAGGAGAUGUCCGAGCUGAUUCCCAGCAACCAGCAGCAUCUGUCUGCCAGGAGGGAGAGGAGAGACCAGCUCCUCAUGGGUCUGGCCAAGCUGAAGCAGCAGCACUGAGAGCAGAGCCUGGGGCCCACGGUCACCGGCACCUCAGACUAGGACUCCUGACCUAGGCCAGGACUCCUUUACAAUCAUUUUAAUCAGCACAGCACAUUCAUAAUUACCUCCACCAUCAUGGUUAUGUUUUCACACCUGUCUGCAGGAAAUCUCAAAGAUGUGAAGACAGAUUUCCACAGAAUCGACAGAUAGGCAGUUUAUCCAGGGAACUAAUGUUGUGUUUGGUCGGAAUCUGGAUCUGGGAUUUCUGGCGUGAGAUGAUUAUUGUAUGAUUUUUGGACAUAAUUAUGAAGCUAACAGUGGUAGACACUUGAUUUCACAGCCUAAGCAGUGAAGAGGUCAAGUUAAUUUACACUUUAAGAGAUAGGAAUGAUGGAUUUAAGUUGGAGAGUUGUUACCUUGUACUUUUUUGUGAUCAUUUUUACAUUUCUAGUGAUAUUCGGCACCUGUAAAGUCCCACUUCAAACUUAUUCUUUUUUUUUUCUCCCAGAUCUGUAUUUGAAUACUAUCUCAGGGCGUAUUAUGUGGUGCAUAUUAGUAACGGGACUUGAUUGCAAAGAUAUCAUCAUACAUGUCUGAUUAAAAAUGAUGAAAUCCUCCA